AACAAGUUUCUUGAGGUCAUAUUCAUGUUGUCUCUCAAUCUUCUCUAUCAGGCAUGGCUUCCACCAGCAGUUUCCUGUCUGAAGAUCAGUUACAGUGCUCCAUCUGUCUGGAUGUGUUCACUGAUCCAGUCUCUACUCCAUGUGGACACAACUUCUGCAUGAUCUGUAUCAAAGAGUGCUGGGACACCAGUUCAUACUGCCAGUGUCCAGUAUGUAAGGAGGAAUUUUCUCGAAGACCUAAAUUACGAGUAAAUACCUUCAUCUCUGGACUGGCUGCUCAGUUUAGGAAGCCAGUUCAGGUCAAAUCAAGCAGCACUGCAGGAGAACCUACCAAAUCUCUGGUGUUCUGUGAGGUCUGCAGUGAGAAGAAACGUGAAGCUCUGAAGUCCUGUCUGAUCUGUAUGGUCUCUUACUGUAAGACUCACCUGGAACCUCAUGAGAAAGUUUCUUUAUUGAAGAAACACAAACUAAUAGAUCCUGUGAAGAACCUGGAGGAUUACAUCUGUCAGAAACAUGAGAGACCUCUGGAGAUGUUCUGUAGAGACGACCAGACAUGUAUUUGUCAGUUCUGCACUAAAACAGACCACAAGAACCACAACACAGUUCCUGUAGAGGAGGAGAGUGCAGAGAAGAAGACUCAGCUGGGAGCAACGAAAGCAGGAGUUGAGAAGAUGAUCCAGGACCGACUGAAGAAGAUCAAAGAAAUCAAACAUUCUGUAGAACUUAAUAAAAAAAACACAGAGAAGGAGAAAGCUGACAGCACAAAGAUCCUCAGAGCUCUGAUACGCAGCAUUGAGAGAAACCAGGCUGAGAUGCUGAAGGUGAUGGAAGAAAAGCAGAGAGCAGCAGAGCGUCAGGCUGAAGAGUUCAUUAAACAUCUGGAGCAGGAAAUCACUGAGCUAAAGAGGAGAAACACUGAGCUGGAGCAGAUCUCCAACACUGAGGAUCAUCUCCACCUCCUACAGAUUUACCCGUCCCUGUGCAGACCUCCACCCACCAACAACUGGACUGAUGUCAGUAUUCAGUCUCAUCUGAAUGUGGAGACUCUUAGGAGAGCUCGGGAUCAGCUUCAGGAAUGUGUUGAUGAAGUAAUGAAGAGGAUUGUCGGAAUGGAACUGAAGAGAAUUCAACAAUAUGCAGUGAACAUGAUUCUGGAUCCUGAUACAGCUCAUCCUUACCUGAUCCUGUCUGAUGAUGGAAAACAAGUUACUGAUGGAGACACAGAACAGAAUCUUCCUGAUAAUCCAGAGAGAUUUGAUUACUGUGUCUGUGUGCUGGGAAAGGAGGGAUUCUCCUCUGGGAGAUUUUACUAUGAGGUUCAGGUUAAAGGAAAGACUGAGUGGACUUUAGGAGUGACCAGAGAGUCCAGUAACAGGAAGGGGAUGAUUAUACCAGGACCUGAUGAUGGAUAUUGGUCUGUGUGUUUGAGAAAUAAGACUGAAUAUAAGGCUCUGGAUUCUUCCUCUGUCCCCCUUUCAUUGAAACAUGCUCCUCAGAAGGUGGGGGUGUUUGUGGAUUAUGAGGAGAGUUUGGUCUCUUUCUAUGAUGUUGAGAAUGAGUCUCAUAUCUACUCUUUCACUGGUCAGUCUUUCACUGAGAAGCUCUAUCAAGUAUUCAGUCCUUAUGAAAAAUGUGAAGGUAAAAAUUCAGCACCACUGAUCAUCUGCCCUGUUAGUCAAAUUCAGUCUUAAUAAGUGAGUGCAAUGCAAUGUGCAACACCACUGUCUGAUUAAUAUUCUUCUACUUGUUUCUUCUUCUUCCUCUUAUUUGUAUUUUAUUUGUAAUGAAAAUUAAUUAUUUACAAAAUAAUAACAAUCAAAUAGAAAAAACCUACCAACUAACUGGAUCACCUUAGUAAUCACAUAGAAUACAAUGGCAACCAGCUAAUAACAGUAUUUCAACCAUGUGGCAUAUUAAAACAACCACUUAGCAACAACAGAGCACCCAACUAGUAACCUGAUUGAAGCCGCAUAGGAUGUUUUGGCCAUGACUUCGCAACACCCUAGCAAUGUUAAGGGAACAACCAGCAACUCCCUCCAACCAGAGCGGUAGAGAGAACAGAGUGGCGACACUCCCAUAGGGAACCGUUGUAACGGGGGCGGGACAUUUUUUUGUGCAGCUUCCGGGUUGUGGAGCUCUGAAAAGUUCCAAACAUCCCAUAGAGCCCCAUUCAUUUUCACUACUUAAUAAGCAUUUUCAGCUGUAUGUUGCUUUGUUUAAAACAAAAAAUAAUGAAUUUGAUGUCAUUAAUAUAUUUAAUCCUGUUAUUGUUUAGCAUUUGCACAGCACUAAAUGUUACAUGUUUAUCUUAAUUAAUAGGUAUAACUGAAUUUAGCUUAGUCAGUUAAGCUAAAUUAAAGCCACUAGAGCAGGGGUCACCAACACGGUGCCCGCGGGCACCUGGUCACCCGCAGGGACCACGUGAGUUGCCCGCAGGGCAUGUUCUAAACAGCACUAGUGACUAUGGAGCGCCGUCUAAAAAUUUUAUUUGUGUUGCUGUUCUUUUUGAAUUAAUAACACUUGCAUUGAUGUAGAUUUGAAAAUGACAAUACUGAAUAUAACAUUUAAAAAACAAAACUGUUUGAUGUUUAUGUGAGCUCUGAUCUUGUCUGGGUGCGGAGUUUUUAAACGUGCGCAUAACGCUGAGACAAGCGAGCGAGCGCAGCUACGAUACGGAGCGAGAUGCGGGUUUUACCAUGAAAACAUAAUAAUAAAAAAACACAAAAAAAGCGAAAAAAAACUUCAUAUUUUCACAAUGAUUGGGAGAAAUGUGGAGAGACACUUUAGUAAGUGUUACAAAAACUUCACUGUACAUCGCAGAUUUUUUUUAAAAUCGUACAUAACUGAUAAUAAACAUGAUUUGUUCUAAAAUGUUGUAAAGGUAGUGAUAAGUAUAAACAGGACAGUAUUUGAAAGUUAGUUUAAUAUUCAACAUUCGUUUGACAUUCGAUCAUUUCGAUCUUUAUAAAUGGUUGAAAAAACACCUAACACUCACUUUAUUUAUGAUUUCUUACACAGAUAAAAGUAGGCAACAUACUACAAAAACUAUUUUAUGGUAAUUUUAAGAUGACAUGUAUUUAUUUACAUAAAGGUUAUAAUGAAAGCGUUUAUCAAGCUCCCACUUCAGCUAACGAGUUAAGGACCGUCAUAAAACUAACAGAAAAACAUAGGAGACGUUUACUCUGCACUUAUUACAGACAAAUAAAUCCAUUAAAGUCUUGUAAUGAUUUGAUGGAUUAAUGUCAAACUAUUUUUAUACAAACACAUUAAAUACU